AUGUCGCCCAACGACAAUGUCAAGGUCUUGGGCAUGCCCCCUUUCGUGGCGGACUUCUUGAUGGGUGGUGUCUCUGCCGCCGUCUCCAAGACCGCCGCCGCUCCCAUCGAGCGUAUCAAGCUUCUUAUCCAGAACCAGGAUGAGAUGCUGAAGCAGGGUCGUCUCGACCGCAAGUACAACGGCAUUGUUGACUGCUUCCGUCGUACCGCCGCCGAUGAGGGUGUCAUGUCCCUGUGGCGUGGCAACACCGCCAACGUCAUCCGUUACUUCCCUACCCAGGCCCUGAACUUCGCUUUCCGCGACAAGUUCAAGAAGAUGUUCAACUACAAUAAGGAGAAGGACGGUUACGCGAAGUGGAUGGCCGGUAACCUGGCUUCCGGUGGUGCCGCUGGUGCCACUUCCCUGCUCUUCGUCUACUCUCUGGACUACGCCCGUACCCGUCUUGCCAACGACGCCAAGUCCGCCAAGAAGGGUGGUGAGCGUCAGUUCAACGGUCUCAUCGACGUCUACCGCAAGACCCUCGCCUCUGACGGUAUUGCCGGUCUGUACCGUGGUUUCGGUCCCUCCGUCGCCGGUAUCGUCGUCUACCGUGGUCUCUACUUCGGCAUGUACGACUCCCUGAAGCCUGUCCUGCUCACCGGUUCUCUCGCCAACAACUUCCUCGCCUCUUUCGCUCUUGGUUGGACUGUCACCACUGGUGCUGGUAUUGCCUCUUACCCUCUCGACACCGUCCGUCGGCGUAUGAUGAUGACCUCUGGUGAGGCCGUCAAGUACUCCUCUUCCCUCGACGCCUUCCGCCAGAUCGUCGCCAAGGAGGGCAUCAAGUCCCUGUUCAAGGGUGCCGGUGCCAACAUCCUCCGUGGUGUCGCCGGUGCUGGUGUGCUGUCCAUCUACGAUCAGCUCCAGCUCCUCCUCUUCGGAAAGGCCUUCAAGGGUGGUUCCGGCUAA